GGAGUUGUGUGUGUACAUUGUGCGUACAUUGUGCAGAGUCCACGCUCUACACACCCCUCCCUCUCUCCUCUGCCCCUGUGCGCAAACCACAUCCCCAAAACAAGUGGAUCGAGCUGGAAAGGACAUUCACCAACUGUGGCUGUGGUUUUGGGGCAUACACGAUCAUCUUUUGCUGGCGCAUUUGUCAAGAGAACUUUGUCUGGCAUUUUACAAACAAAGAAGUGGACGAGCAUAAAAGGCGAGAGGCGGAAACAGUUCGGAUCACUUUAGCGCACUAGGAUGGCAUCCAGUGACUCAAGGCUCCAGCAGCAGCCCUCUCAGAAGGAUGCAGCCGACCAGAACUUUGACUACAUGUUCAAACUGCUCAUCAUCGGGAACAGCAGUGUGGGCAAGACCUCCUUCCUGUUCCGAUAUGCAGACGACUCCUUCACCUCCGCCUUCGUUAGCACUGUGGGCAUCGACUUCAAGGUCAAGACCGUGUUCCGCCAGGACAAGAGAAUCAAACUACAGAUCUGGGAUACUGCUGGACAGGAGCGUUAUCGCACCAUCACCACAGCUUAUUACAGAGGGGCUAUGGGCUUCCUCCUCAUGUAUGACAUCACCAACCAGGACUCCUUUAAUGCUGUGCAGGACUGGGCUACUCAGAUUAAGACAUACUCGUGGGACAAUGCACAAGUGAUCCUUGUGGGGAAUAAGUGUGAUUUAGAAGAUGACAGGCUCAUCCCAACAGAGGACGGACAGCGGUUAGCAGAGGACCUAGGUUUCCAGUUCUUUGAGGCCAGUGCCAAAGACAACAUAAACGUGAAGCAGGUCUUUGAGCGGCUGGUGGACGUCAUCUGCGACAAGAUGAACGAGAGCAUGGACGGAGACAUGAACCUCAUGUCCAACCACAGGACCCAAAACCUGAAGGACAUGUCCUCAGAGAACCAGGGCGGCUGCUCCUGUUAGGAUCCCUGGGAACACUGGGAUACCAUGUGGAGACCAAACUACCCUGUGUGCCUCUGAUGCCAACCACUGUCCCGGACCAGACUGUAGUUCCCUUCACCAAUUAUGGCAUUCCUAUUAUAAUCUAUGGUAAUAUAGGUAACUGUUAGUAAGCAUAUAUUUGCAGUUCUCCAGUAGUGAUUUUUGCCUUGGAGAUUUCUGAGCUACACGUUUGUGCUGGGAGCAAGAUGUAUACAUUAAUUUCAGGCUUUACUCUUAUACUUCAUUUAGUACACAAAAUUGGAAAUACCUGAUUGGAAUAUUUCAUGUUCAUACUAAAAACUAACAAUAAAUCUUUUUCUUAAUCUUUUUUUUUACAAACCAAAAAUGUGUAUAUACUGCUCAUUCUAGUUACUGUGUGUUUUAUUCUGUUGUCCCAGUCAAAUUCUCACCUGAGCUGCCUUAACCAUUAGCUAUUUUACAUUCACAAUACUGAAAUGUGUUUUUAUUGUCUGGCUCUCAGUACAAAUCUCUGUAUAACCUGUUUGCAUGAGUUGUAAUUAUGACUUACGCUAGAAAAUAUUUAUUUGCACAACCGAAGCCUCAAUUCAUAAUAUAACUUUAUACUGGGAAUUCACAUCGGCUACUUAAUAUCACUUUGUUCUUAGGCGUGUUUUUAAGCCAAAUGACUGCCCACUCCUUUUCCUAUUUGUGUAUCGUGUGUAUAACGUUACUUCAAAUAUCCUCAAAUAUCAAAAUACAGUUCAUGUUUGUCUCCCCGUAGUACUUAUGCCUUUGGAUAACAACUGAAUAAGAAAAUGGAUUGCAUGACAAAUCUAUACUUGAAAAUUCCUGCGAUGAGAUAAACGACAUUCUGGUCUUGAUUUGACAAGUGAAUAGUCACUUUUUUCAAAACUGUAUUCUAGUCAUUAUUUAUGAAACUGUUUAACUUUGUGGAUACUUUUGGAAUGUCAUUUUAAGUAUUAAAGUUUCUGCAACGGUGCAUGGCAAAUCAAGAAGCCAAGUGAUUAUUUGUAUACUUUCCAGUGCAUUUUUCUUUUGCAUACUGGUAACAUACUGUCAAUUAUUGUUAACCACAACAGCGGUUCCUCUUUACUUCUCAUGGUCAUUCACCACUCCCCGAUUUUGCUGUUUACUUAUCUCACUGGUCACUACUGCUGCUAAACAAUGAUAGUUCUAAGAAUGUAUUGCACAUAGAAUCUCACUUGGACCGGGUGAACUCUGGAAUAGUAUCAUCAUUACACUAAAUUAUAUCUAAAAGCGUUGUGCAUUUCUUGUCUCUGGAGUCAGCUGUGUUGAAAGAUUUUUCUGGAUCACUUUUGUGCUGUUGUGAUUUAUAAACUGUAUUUUGGUUGGGGACCAUCUUAAGUGGUGAGGUUUUAUGUUUUUAAUGUAUGUUUUGAAUGUGAUUACUGUUUGAGGAAUGUAUGUAUUGGAUGGAAAAUACAAUAAAAAUGAAAUUGAACUCUU